ACCGUCCAACCGUCCCUUUCUGGCCAAACCAUAGUUUUAGGAAAUGUUGUUUUGAAUUUGUAACUGUAAAAGUAAGGAUUUUUCUUGCAGAAAUUGAAAUCAGGCUGUUGCUUUAAGUGUGAAAACAAAAGCAAAGAAAUUAAGCCCAACGACACCACAGUGACUGCUCGAAUCGCUGCCUGUCUGGCAGACAUCUCAGCCUGGAUGAAGGAACACCACAUUCAACUCAACUCAGCCAAGACCGAACUCCUUGUCUUUCCAGCCAACCCUGCUGUUGAACACAACAUCACCGUGCAGCUGGGUCCAACUACAGUUUCACCUUCCAAAACGGUCAGAAAUCUAGGGCCCAACGACACCACAGUGACUGCUCGAAUCGCUGCCUGUCUGGCAGACAUCUCAGCCUGGAUGAAGGAACACCACAUUCAACUCAACUCAGCCAAGACCGAACUCCUUGUCUUUCCAGCCAACCCUGCUGUUGAACACAACAUCACCGUGCAGCUGGGUCCAACUACAGUUUCACCUUCCAAAACGGUCAGAAAUCUAGGGCCCAACGACACCACAGUGACUGCUCGAAUCGCUGCCUGUCUGGCAGACAUCUCAGCCUGGAUGAAGGAACACCACAUUCAACUCAACUCAGCCAAGACCGAACUCCUUGUCUUUCCAGCCAACCCUGCUGUUGAACACAACAUCACCGUGCAGCUGGGUCCAACUACAGUUUCACCUUCCAAAACGGUCAGAAAUCUAGGGGUAACCAUUGAUGAUGAGCUAAAUUUCACUGACCACAUUUCAAAGACUGCAAGAUCAUGUAGAUUUACACUCGACAAUAUCAGGAAGAUAAGAUCCUUCCUCUCUGUACAUGCCACACAACUGCUCGUUCAGUCGCCUUGUCAUAACUAGACU